UUUCACCUUUUCUCGCCAUCGUAACUAUCGUGUGGGGCAUCAGGUGAGGCAAGGAAGCCAAAGAAACAAACGAAGUGCCGGAUCCUUUCAUCCUUGUGUGUUGUAUUCAGGGUCAAUGGCAUCCAUGAGGCAGCUGACCCGCGUUGAGGCCACAUCCCGCCUCGACACGCAGAUCGUCACUCUCCUCGAGGGCAUCGACGCCCAGCGUGCAGAGAUCGCAUCCACUUACAACGCGGGCAAACUGCUGACUGACCACGGCGCCUCUGACGGCUCGGCGGCCUCAGCUGCUGACGACCUGCUGGGGCUCAACAUCGGCGGGAGUCUGUGCUCUAUGCGUCGGAAGCACAUGACGCUGGUGGAGGGCACGACGCUCGCAUCGCUCUUCUCGGGCAGAUGGGAUCGGCGAUUCGUCCGCGACGGCGACAGCCGUGUGUUCCUGGACGUCUGUCCCGCUGCGUUUGAGGCCAUCCAAGACGCCAUCUAUGCCGAUGGGAAGGAGGCAGUGGCGCAUUUGAUGGGCGAAGCCGCCAAGAGAAACCACCAAGGUGUGUGCGGGGGCAGAGAAGAAACGAACUAUGCAGGACGAUGGCAUGCAUGUGUGUCCGUGUUUGUAGGGCCGCAUGAUUUCUGGUUCUUGAAGCUGCUCACGAGUCCAGCAUCACAGCACCACCCGCGUGACGACGGGCCUGCAGAUGACCACAUCGACGCUGCAGACAUGCCAUCCAUCUCGAAGGGCAAGGUGCCAAGGCUUCAUGGCUUUGUCGCUGCCGUGGAGAGCUUCCUCAAUGGAUACCUCGCCAAACACGCGGAGGUCGAGAAAAUGCGCCGUGAGAAGAAGGCGGAAUGUGCCGAACUGAUGGCUGAGAUCAAGGUCAGGGUAGUCGCGAUGAAUGGCAGCAGUUCUUUCGUCACCGGUUGUGGUCUGUUGUGUGUUUUGCAGGCCUUCACAUCCUUCCUGAAGCCGCUCGCUGGUGAUGGUGCCAUCCGGUCGGUCACGGUGAGUGGCAGGACUCUCUCUACGACACAGGCGACCGUCGACGAGAUGAGCGACACACUCAGGAACCGAUUCGACUUGUAUGCACACAUGAAACGAACACGCAAGGUUGGUGCUUCCCUUCUGAUGCUACAUGUCUUUCCCUUCAGGUGGCCGGCUCCCAUUGAGGACGUGCCUGUCGACCACGUCCGUCGACUGAUCGACCACUACCGCCGCAAACGCCACGCGGCUGGGGCCGGUGGCGCACAGCUCAGUGUUGGGGUGGAUGUGCCUCUCCGUAUAGCCGGCUCGGUCGAGCAGCACUGGUUCCGCAAGACAGCCACCAUGUACGGCGUCGACUUGUCGAUGCAUGGGCUGUACGGCGUCGACGUGUCGAUGUAUGGGCUGGAGAAGACGCUGCUCAGCGACAGCAGCCUCACGGCGAGCCUGAUGGAGUGUCUACAGGGCGCAGGGGUCGGACAUCCGACCAAGAUCCAACACCGAGGCAGGUCCGUGAGCUGAGGACAUCAGUAUAUCUGCCUGUAGACGGACACGUACAUAUUUGGUGUCCCUUGAUUGUCAGUGCUGGCGACUCAUCGCUGUUUCCCUUCUUCGAACAAGCCGCGAUUCCCUCCCACGUGUGCCUCAUUCGCUUGGGCGAGGCGUCUGUCGUGGGCUGGAUCUACAACAAGCCGGAGCAGGUGAUCCACCUCGUCUCACUGAGCCCCGAGCCCAAGUGCGUGAGGCUGCCGAUUGAUGGGGACCACACAGUCGUUGUCGACAGGAACGCAUCGAUUCGGGUGGGAACGUUGGCACGGUACUUUGGGUUGAGGCUGUACGGAGGCGCUUUCACGUUUCACGGCUUUGGAGGCAAUCCGGACGAUCGUCGGAGAAGAGUUCAUGCUGUGGUUCCUGAACGGGGGCAUUUCUCUGCUGCUGAGGUCUUUGGGCUGCUGUGACAGCGCUUCUUGUCCAUCAGUCGUUUUUCUCGUGUUGCAUGGCUCGACGGACGAAUCUGGGAUCAUGUUUGUUUCGAGUUUGUGUCUGCAAACGUGUUUGUGUCACUGUCGCACGGUGGCGUCACACGUGUGGCGCCGCUUUAUGGGGAAGUGCAGUGCAGUGAUCUUGCUGUCGUGCUAAGCGGCUCACGCAUGGAUGUACGGGCGCUCCAUCUCGUG